AUCCUCGCUGCUGCUGCUGCUGAUCACGUUGCUGGUGAGAGUAAGGGUUAGCUGACUUUUACAUGCUGUUUCCCUGAAGCUUAAUUGUGACCUUUGGCUAUGGGGGGGGGAUUACCCUCUGGAUGAUUGGUAGAUGCUGCGUUUCCCAUCCGAGUCAGGUGCGUCUCCUCACCCACCUACUAGCCUACUUCCCACCUUUACCACCACUGUCGAGGUAGCCAUGGCGACCAGCGCUGUGCCAAGUGACAACCUGCCAACGUACAAGCUGGUGGUGGUGGGGGAUGGUGGCGUUGGGAAGAGUGCCCUCACCAUCCAGUUUUUCCAGAAGAUCUUUGUGCCAGACUAUGACCCCACGAUAGAGGACUCGUAUCUUAAACACACAGAAAUAGAUGGACAGUGGGCAAUACUGGAUGUGCUGGACACAGCCGGCCAGGAGGAGUUCAGCGCAAUGAGGGAGCAGUAUAUGAGGACAGGAGACGGCUUCCUCAUUGUCUUCUCUGUGACAGACAAAGCCAGCUUUGAACACGUUGACCGAUUCCAUCAACUCAUACUACGGGUCAAAGACAGGGAGGCCUUCCCCAUGGUGUUGGUGGCAAACAAAGUUGAUUUGGUCCAUCUGAGGAAGGUCACCUCUGACCAGGGCCAAGAGAUGGCUGCAAAACAUAAUAUAACUUAUAUUGAAACCAGUGCCAAGGAUCCUCCAAUGAAUGUGGACAAAGCCUUUCAUGAGCUGGUUCGUGUUAUCAGACAACAGGUCCCAGAGCGAAACCAGAAGAAGAAAAAGAAGAUGAAAUGGAGAGCAGAACGUUCCGCAGGUUCCCACAGGUUUCACUGUGCCAUAUUGUGACCUCCCUCGUCCUGUUUAUUAUUCGCAACGUACACACACCCACACGCACACCCACAUACCUUUGGAUGACCCCAAAGGAACUCCCAGCAGUGGUUAACUACUGGAGCACAAAAGGGAGGGGACGGGAGGGGGGCAGCGAUGGACGUCUAGAUGGAUCCAGAAGGGCGGAAGGACAAGUGAAAUGUUGGGCUGAUGUCCCCUCAAACCUUCACAAAGCCUUGGAACGAGUGCUAUGCCAUCUCUCCUCAAUUUAUGCUCCCUUUCAAAAAGGUCUGUAGGUUCCUCCCAUGUGUAUUCAACACAGAACUACAGUGUCAGCAAACUGUUUCUCAAUCAAGUGUAAUUUUUUGAAUUUAAUAUCAAACGGGGCACACUGACUGACUCAGUGGGGAAAAAGCAAAGAGAUCAGAAUCACCGUGAUGUUGGAACUUUUAUCUUCUUGAGAAAGAGAAGGAAAAGGGAGGAACCGGUUCAAAAUGGAGCCUCGUGUUCGCCAACUCCCAACAACCUGCUGGUCAUCACCUUUCUAUCCUCACACUCCUACGAUUUCUGGAAGAAAAGCACCUGUGUGAUCUUUAGAUUAACGUCUGUUCUCUCUUUGUAGAGCGGACAUCAUAAGGGCAGGACGGAUGAAUACGAGAGCGAUGACAGGGAUUUUGUUAGUACAAAUAGAUGUUGUGCGGUGUUGUCGACGAGUGAACUGUGAGUUCUGGGGAUUCAGCGUGUACCUGGUGGUAAUGCGAGACUGGUUUUGAAAUGGUCAGUUCAGAGAGGAUGGAAGGACAUGUUGUAGCGAGCGAAAGAAAUGUGAUGUGAAGCUGAGAAAAUGAGUCAUAUUGGUUGACAGGUGAACGUUACGGUCAUAUCAGCUUGUUGAAUAAGUGUUUAAAUAUUGUAAUUGUAAAGGAAAUUUAAGAUUGGUCGGUGUAUGUAGUUACACUUUAAUGUAAAUGUAACAGGGUUUAUACCAACACUGAAGUGUCUGCAGCCAUUUUUAUAGACACUCUUAUAAAUGGAUUAUUUUCCCAUCAUAAAAAUAGAAAGUAUAUCAGAGCAAAAAGAUAAUAAUAAUAAUAAUGGUUAAUUUAGGUUGCCUCUUCAGUCAUUGUCAAUGGCAUGAUGAGUGCAGUCUUCAUCAGUACUGUAUGAACAAUAGCCCUGAUGUUAUUUUUGUCUUUGUAGUCUUAACAAUUCGAGUUACUUUCCAUGUUUUUUUUGUAUUUCAAAAACUAUAGAAAAUUACAAUUAUAUUUGUGAUGAAAAUAAAUCUAAUUAUAGGUGGCAAUGUAAACAAAUUCAAUGCUGUUUUACGAAAGAUCUGUCGGAAAAACUCUUAACGAAAUAGAAUAGAUAAGGGAUAGUGAGAGCUUCGCGUUUCAGAUCCGAAACAGGCUGGAGAAGCUGAUUUGCACUGGCCACUAACCAAAAUAAUGUGAUGUCACUUUAUUUCAAUCUUGGGGCUUUUCAGACUGCACCAUUGAAUUCAGGACAAUGUUGUAAGAAGAAUCCUGCUCAGUAAAGGACGACACUCCUUUUUUUAGUUCGGGGAUACAUACUGUAGCCUUGGGAAUGCGAGUUAGAGAGCCUGUCUGAACCAGGCAGUGUGACGCUCCUAGGGCUUUAAGCCAUGUUACCCUAGCUACAAGUUUUAGUUUGUAGAAGAAAAAAACAACCACACACAAUCGAAGCAACACGACAUUCAGUGUAUUAAUGUUUGUAGCUGUGAGGUGGAUAGGAAUGUACAAUUUAAUAACCUAUGAAAUGGCUUGUACUGUUAACGCACUAAAGUUUCAGUGGACAACUUUUUUUGUCUGGAUGAAUACCGUCUCUUGAAGGAAUACAUUUUUGCACUUUUAAUACAAUUUCUGACUUUCCUAUUGGCAUGUUGUUUUCUGUUCAAAAGUGAAAUGAAAGGCACGUUCAAAAACAAUUUUGAAUGUAAAAUCGAAUAAUAAAGUAAGCAAAUAGGCGAUUGGUGUUGUAGCCCUGUGUGCCUGUGUAUGCCUGUUGCCUUGGCGAUGAUUGUAGAGACAGAGAUAAAACAAGCUGGGAUUUAAUAAUUCGAACGGUUUUGAAGGAAAAGAAAGUUCUGUAUUACUCAGUUUUGAAUUAAGAAAGUUCAGUGCGAGAAAACUUAUUGAAUGGCAUACAAAUUCACCUCAGCAUGAAAGUGGAAAAUCAACCUCAGCAAACGAAGGAAUACAUCUACAUCAACUGUUCGAGGGACUUCACGGAGAGUUUCCAGAGAAGGACAGAAAACGUUGAAGUACUGAGCAAUGAAGCAACAGACUCUGGAUUGUGGGGGAGGAAGAAAAAAAAACAACAAAAAAAAACAAAAAAAACCUGAAUGUGUUGAAAUGAAAA